GAAAAUUUAAUUCAUUGGAUAUUGAAUUAUAUUUAUCUUGGGAUUUUGCACAACAAGUUCAUUUACCUUUUUCAUCACAACAAAAGGGAGAAAUAUAUUUUAAAUCUCUUUAUAAAAUUCAUGUUUUUGGAAUUUGUGAUGAUGCAUUUCCUCGUCAAGUAAAUUAUCUUAUUAAAGAAAGUGAAAUGCCAGGCAAGGGAGCAAAUAUAGUUAUUUCUUUG